UGGUACCGACCGUAGAAGAAGAGUCUGCCUGUGGGCGGGACAAACAAACAAAUAAACGAACAAACCGAGGAGACGUUUCACUGAAUUUAACGUCUUUAUUUAAACCGACUCAUGGUUGCUUUGCGGAUAAAUCUCCUCCAGGCUCUGCAGAAACAUGAGCUCGUUCCUGGGCCGGAUGAAGGAGUAUCCCUCCGUGUCUCUGGACCGCUUCGACCGGGAGAACCUACAUGCCCGGGCAUAUUUCCUGUCGCACUGCCACAAAGACCACAUGAAAGGACUGAAAGGACCUCUGCUGAAGAGGAAGCUGCAGUUCAGUCGAACCGUCAGACUUUAUUGUUCCUUCGUGACCAAAGAGCUUCUCCUGAAUAAUCCAAAGUAUUCCUUCUGGGAGGAAUACAUCGUUCCUCUGGAGCUGGAGAGUCCGACUCAGAUUUCUCUUGUGGACGAAGCAUCAGGAGAGAAAGAAGACGUCGUGGUGACGCUGCUUCCUGCCGGUCACUGUCCCGGCUCUGUAAUGUUUCUGUUUGAGGGUUGCCGUGGAAACGUGUUGUACACAGGCGACUUCAGGUUCGCCGUUGGAGACGCCUCCAGAAUAGAACAUCUGCACUCAGGCAGCAGGGUGAAAGACAUUCAGAGUGUUUAUCUGGACUCUACUUUCUAUGAUCCUCGCUUCUAUCAGAUACCAACGCGGGAGGUGUGUUUAAACGGCAUCUCGGAGCUUGUUGGAAACUGGAUCAGUCAGAGUUCGCAUCACGUCGUGUGGCUCAACUGCAAAGCUGCUUACGGAUACGAAUAUCUGUUCACCAACCUGGGAGAAGAAUUCAACACACAGAUCCACGUCAACAGUCUGGCCGUGUUCAAGAAGAUGCCGGAGAUCUUAAGCUACGUAACAACUGACCGAAGGACUCAGAUUCAUGCCUGUCGACACCCAAAGGACGAGGAGUUUUUCCUGGGCAACAGGCUUCCUUGUGGUUGUACAUCCGCUGAUGGGACUCCUCUUCGUAUCAUCAGCAUCAAACCGUCCACCAUGUGGUUCGGAGAAAGGACCAAGAAAACCAACGUUAUAAUAAAAACAGGAGCCAGUUCAUACCGAGCCUGUUUCAGCUUCCACUCCUCCUACUCAGAGAUCAGAGACUUCCUGUCAUAUCUUCAGCCGGUCAACGUCUACCCCAGUGUCAUUCCUAUUGGUCGGACGAUGACGGAGGUCACACAGAUGUUGAAGCUGAUGUGCAGGAAACCCUCUGAUCAGGAGGCGUUCAUCUACAAACCUCUGGGAGUUCUGAAACGCAGCAGAGCGGAGCGACCCACAUACGACUCGGAGAGUGAAGAUGAGCUGUUUGAAGGUUUGGAUUUGGCUCCAGUGAGGAAGAAGAUGGGUCUGAACCAGGACGGUCAAAAAGAGAACCUUCCAGAGGGAACUUCAGCGCCUGUAUCUGUGGAGGAACCUUCAGGUCUGAUGGUCGCUGAUGUACAAACUGUCAGCUGCAACUACGUCGACUGUACCGAGUCCAACGGUGAAGAGGAGGAUGACGAAGACGAAGCCAAAGAGACUGAAAGUAAAGACAUGGUGACCGAUUCUGAUCCUCCAAAGUGGGAGGAUUUCUUCACCACGGAGAUGCUGACUGACAGCCAGAACAGCCAAUCACAGUCCUCCAGGAUAAGCGGCUCUCAGACUCCCGAGCUGUUCAGCGACAAAGAAGAAACUCCCGACAUUGCUGAUGACUUCAGCCUGACUCUGUCUGCUUCUUUAUCCAAUCAUUCCUCCCAGAACAUGGACUCCAGUUUACCCGAUACUCUGAUCCUCCGUCCAGAACAGCAACCAGGAGACGCAACGACCAAAACUAACGAACUGUCAGAGUCUCAGGUGUCGUCGGACUUCGACGUUCCCUCAACACCUGAAUCGAAGGUGCCUCAUCCUGACGAACUGUCGCAGCUGUACAGGAAGCUGGCUUCAGGAGAGGAAGUGGAGAUGAGGAAAGGCUCAGCGGUGUCCAGAUGAACUGCACUUCCUGAAACGGCCACUUGAGCUACUGAACCUCAACGAGGAGCAGCUCCGAUACAAGAAUCUCCGUCUUGUGUUAGUCAGCUGGUAAAGACGCCAACGAGGCCAAAUGUAGAACUCCCAGAGGAAGCUUCUGUUGUGGCCUCGUCAGCCCUGUUAGGUUUUGAGAGUCCAGAUCGAUUCUGCUUCCACAGAAUUCAGUCCGUUAAAGCAGGAGGAGGUGAUGAUGCCAUUAAAGUCCUGAGAGGGGAUGUUGAGACGCCAGAUUGUUCUCUGCUGGGUUCGUCAUGAGGAUGGAAAGGAGUUAAUGGACGCCUGCCUGCAGGAGUUCAUCACCUUCAUGGAGCACCUUUCACUUUAUAGACAAAAGACAGAAAUAGGAGUCAAAACAGACUCUAGUCUCAACUCAAAGUCCUCCAGCUGCUGUUUGAUACAUGGACCAAAGUGCAUUAUGCUGUAUUAGCAGUUAUUGCUCUCAGACAGAACUGAUUCAGUUGAAAAUUUUUUACUGUCAUGCACUAUAAAAUUAAAACAUACAAGACAGUUUGAAAACAUCGUUUCUCUACCAACAGUCUCAUUUAUACUUAGAAAACCUGAGAGAUCGUUCAUUCAUUAAAAUUCUAUGUAUUGUGUUGUAGAUAUUCUGUAUAUAGCCAUCUACAAAUCAAAUAGUGAGAAUAAAAAUUAAUAUGUAUGUGAAAACCAACCAAGUAGGUAUAAUUGUAUUAUAACGUAAAACUAAAAUAGAUUAUGUCGUCCGAAACGUCGCCAAAAUGUCAUAGCAAGAUAUGUCGUCCAAAAUGUGACAAAAACGUCAUAGUUUAGUAUGUCGUCCAAAAUGUGACCAAAACGUCAGCCGGGUCAGACUUGAUGUUUGAAAUACUGACUGACAGCUCAGAUUUAACUGUCUAUAGUUCCGUUUUGAUGGAUGUUAAACUUUCAUUCAAAGCCACCAGGAGCUGAGUCUUUAAAAUAACCGCCGUCUCAUUACAGAGUGAAAGCAGCAGUUCCUCCUGAAGGUCAGAGAUUGCAGCAUCUGAGGGCCUCUUCAAAAGAAGAUGUAGUUGAUGAAGGUGUUCUGGAGCAGGACCAGAAAGACCACGACCAAGCAGCCUUGAGAUCUUAGGCAGCGUCUCCCUCAGGUCCCUCUCUAUCUCCCCACACAUCCACCAACCACUGGAACACAUCUCCAAAGUUCUGCUGGUCCAGCUCAGCUUCCCCUCAGAAGAAGUGGCGCCACCUGCCAGAUGAAGGAGCCUUUUGAGAGGCAGCUGGCAUCGUGAUUGGACUGUACUUUGGUCUGUUCCAAUCCAGCUUCAGCUCCAGAGACGGCAGGCGGGACGAGUCAACGGAGGCCGGAUGGAUGAAGACAUGCAGCUGAGUACAAUCCAGAAAACAACAGAGGAGGAGUGCAGUGGCCCAGAGCCAGAACAACCAGAGUAGCAUCAUAUGUCUCUUAGAAAACAUCAUAGUAUAGCCUUUGGUAUGAAAAAACACCAUCAUAUACAUCGUAUAUUGUACAAAUAACAAGCCAAAGGAAAGAGACAUACAUUGUAGAAUUGUAGUAAUUGUGGGCUGACUGAUUUACUGAUUAUCAGUAUUUUAUUUUUUACUGAUUUAUGGUAAUAAAUACAUUUAAAAAUGGUG